UCCGUUUGUCCGAACAGCAGUAGGUGGCUCUCUAGCUCUACAUACAACCUGCGGUUCAUGGCCGCAGCGAGCAAGUGACGGGUGAUGACAAAAUGACUGACAGCGGAACAAAGUUCAAAACACUCAAGUUUUUGAAGAUAAUUACUUUUAGCAUACUGUUUAUUGCCACGGUGUUAUUUACUGUGGCCGCGAUCAGGACGCUGUCGCUGGACGUAAAUGUCGGACUUCAGCUCGCGCAGUGGGAGAAAACAAACCUCAUCGCGGCUGAUAUAAACCAGGGACAGAGAGAGGAGCUGCUGUCUAAUUUUAAAGAGGCCAUCAGGAUUCCCACCGUGUCGUUCACGCAAACGGAGCUCAACACCACCGCGCUGCUGCAAUUCGACAAACUCUUACGCAAAGCCUUCCCAACAGUUUUUUCCUCAAACUUGGUCCAUCAUGAGGUGGUGGCAGACUACAGCCACCUGUUCUGGGUGCCAGGCUCCCAGCCAGCCCUAGUACCCUACAUGCUGCUGGCACACAUCGAUGUAGUGCCUGCUUUGGAGGCAGAUGGAUGGGAUGCUCCUCCAUUCUCGGCCAAAGAAAUAGAUGACUUCAUCUACGGGAGGGGGACCAUCGACAACAAGCAGUCUGUAAUGGGAAUUCUCCAGGCCCUGGAAUACCUGCUGAGGAAAGGCUAUGCACCACGGAGGGGAUUGUACAUCGGCUUGGGUCAUGAUGAAGAGGUGAAUGGCCUCAUGGGCGCCAUGAAUAUAGCGCGUGUGCUGAAGCAGCGUGGUGUACGACUGGCGUUUGUCCUGGAUGAGGGUCUUGCCAUACUGGACGGCAUCAUCAGUGGGCUCGAAGGACCUGCUGCUCUGAUUGGGAUAAGUGAGAAGGGCCAGGCUACAGUGAAACUGAGUGUGUCUGCGGUACCUGGUCAUUCCUCCAUGCCUCCCAGUGAAAGCAGUAUUGGCAUCUUGGCUGCAGCUGUCAAAAGAUUAGAGGAGAGCCCCAUGCCCAGACUUUUUGGUUAUGGUCCUGAACGUGGAACCUUUGAGCAUCUGGCUCACAAGUUCAGUCUUCCGCUGAAAUUCAUCAUGUCCAACUUGUGGCUGUUUUCCCCACUCCUUGGCAGAAUAAUGGAAAGACGACAAGUUACCAAUCCUUUCGUAAGGACGACUACAGCUGUCACCAUGUUCAAUGCAGGAGUUAAGGUGAACAUCAUCCCCUCCCUUGCUGAAGCUUAUGUAAAUCUACGAAUUCAUUCAGCACAGUCAUUGCAAGAGGUUUUGGACCUGAUCCAGUCUACUGUCGGAGACCAGCGAGUGAAGAUAGAGCUAGUCGAUGGAUUUGACCCUCUGCCCAUCAGUUCCUAUGAUGAAACCUCAUUUGGGUUCCAGCUCAUCAAGAAAACUGUGUUGGAUAUGUUCCCGCAAGUUACAGUUGCCCCAGGUAUUUGUAUUGGGAAUACAGACAGCCGUCACUUCAAAGAGCUGACCAAUGAUACCUAUCGCUUUGCUCCCACCUGGUUUAAACCAGGUGAUGCUCAGAGGUUCCACGGCAUCAAUGAAAGGAUUUCUAAAAAGAACUAUGAAGAGCUCGUGUUGUUUUACUUCAACCUUUUUCAAAAUUGUGACAUUAAGCAGCUUCCCAGUCCUCACAGCUCUGUCCAUGAGCUCUGAGGGAAACCUGGUUGUCGUGACUAACUGAAUCCUGAACUAGCUGCCUGGUUUUCACCACAGGACUCGUCCUGACUCGCCCAUCGGUCAGUUACCCUCGAAACGAAAUGCUCGCAAUUUUGCAUGUUAAAUGCAAGAGAUAGUGUGUUUCUGAUUUGAUGUUAUUUUAAGAUAACCAACUCAGCUUUUCAGUCUUGCGUGAUUCAGAUAUGAUGUUUGCACUGCUGUGGAAAAAAUUUGAUGACAAAACUUCACUGGAACACUGGAACUAUAUUUUUUAUGCCGAUGAUAAGAGAUUAAACUAAAAUUUUGUUUAUGAUGAAUGUGAUACUUGAAAAUUAUGAUCGGCGAAAGUGAGAAAAAAAUUGUAUUUUUUGAACGCCAGAUACUCUCCUGGAAGAAAGCUAUGCACUGUGCCAUUUCUCUUUUUAAGUACAUUAAUUUCAGAAAUAACCCACUUGCAGAUGUUUUUCAUGAACUGAAGACUUUUACUAUUUGUGGUUGUAUAGUUUACAUCCAUAAAUAUUUUGGUUGUCAGAAGAUAAUGCGAUUAAACUGCUUUGAGUGACAACUGCUAUGAUGGAAAAGUUAAGAUGACUUGAAUGACAUAAUGACUAAAAUGGACCAUAUUUUUGGCUCGCUCUAGUAAUACCAGUUUCACAAAGUAGUCCCACUUGAUUUUAGUAUGGUAUGCAUUACAUUCUUCAACAUUGUAAAAAAAAAAUCAAAAAAAAAUCACAAUACCAAAUGUGAAAUGACUGCUUUCAUUUUCUUCAGUGUAAUAGGUGAAAAGGAAAUUUAAAGAUUUAUAUUUUCCUCCCAAAAGGUUUUUGCCUUCUUACUGUGAGAUAAUUCAAACAGCGGACUAUAAGUAUUUGUCGUGACAAUCAGUAAAAUGG